AGUAACUUCAUCAGAGACUCGGAGAAGAAAAGGUCGUAUAUAUGGAUGAACGAAUGUUGGGUUUCUGUAUUAGAGCUGGAGGAUAUGGAUAUGGUGGUGGUGGUUGUCAUGCAGCUGGAGGAGGUGGUGGAGGAACCAAGUGCGGGCGUUGGAAUCCGACAGCAGAACAAGUUAAAGUUCUCACUGAUCUUUUCAAAUCCGGGCUCCGAACUCCGAGCACUGAUCAGAUCCAGAAGAUCUCAACUCAGCUCAGCUUUUACGGAAAGAUAGAGAGCAAGAACGUCUUCUACUGGUUUCAGAACCAUAAAGCCAGAGAAAGGCAGAAACGCAAGAGAGUAUCUGUCGACGACCAAGAUUUCAUCGACAGAGCAGUGGACAAAGUUUUACCAGCAACAAAACAUUUCGUGGAAGUUGAUCUCGUUUCGGAGCCUGAAAGAACCAUAGAAACGCUGCAGCUCUUUCCGCUGAACUCGUACCAGGAUUCGGACUCCCUGAAGCUGAGACUAUUUAGGAACGAAUACAAGGAAACGACAUUCUCGUAUGGGAUCGGGAAAGAGAAUGAUCAUCCACCAUUGGAUCUUCGUUUAAGCUUUCUGUGACCAGCUUCAGAUCAAUCUGAAUCUUUUAGUAAUAGUAAAGAAAAGGAAAAGAAAAAAAAAAGGUCCAUAAAUGUUUGUUAUCUGGAUUAAGGAUCAGUUUCAGUUUUAGAGUAGACUUUGUAGCGAAG